UGUUUUUGUUUUCUUGUCCUUUUGACAGAUGGCUAGAUUCCUUCUCCUCUGUUGCCUCUUCACGGCGGCGCUGACGUCAUCACUGACGGAAGCCGGCGACAACAAUAGAGUCUACUCGCCUUGCUCAGAUUCAACUGUCGCUAUCGGCGAUGGAUUCACUUUCGGCAUUGCCUUCGCUGCUAGAGAUUCUUUCUUUGGUACAAAUCGUUCCGUUCAGUACUCUCCCUGCGAUCAUCGCCGUCUCUCCCUCAACGGAAACUCUGAGCUCGCCGUGUUUAGACCUAAAGUCGAUGAGAUCACACUCCUUACCAUCAAUACCUCCUCGAGCUCCUCUAGUUACCGCCCGGAUUCUUCGAAGGGAUACAUGGUAGCAUUCGCUGGUGCUAAAUAUGCUGCAAGAUCAGUUCCAAUUAUGGUUGCAGACAACGAUCACGUCGUCACAAGCUUCACCCUUGUUCUUGAGUUUCAGAAAGGCAGGCUUGAGAACUUGUUCUGGAAGAAAGACGGAUGCUCCAAAUGUUCUGGAGAUGCCAAAUUCGUGUGCCUCAACAAAGAACAAUGCGCGAUUAAAAGGCAAAGCUGCAAGAACCAAGGAGGGCAAGUAGAUUGCAGCUUGGGGAUCCAAUUAGCGUUCUCAGGAACAGAUAAGCACUACACCGCGUUGAACUCCUGGUACGAGGUUGCAAAUCUGAAGCAGUACUCGCUUUACGGUCUAUACUCUAAUCUAAAGGAUUCACUAAGCAGCCAAUUCAGCAACAUCUUCUGAUGAGUUUCUUUCUCCUUUGUGUGUUGAUUUGUAUUAUUACAUGGUCUCUCUCGCAUGAUGUAUGUAUGAUAUAUAUUUACAGUAUUCUACUACAUGGCUUGUAACUUUUUCAUGAACAAAGAUUUACUCUACCAAGUGAGUUUGGUUUAAAAUGCUCAUAUACCUCAGCCAAACACAACAACAAACCAAAAUCACAUAAAGUGCAACAAAAUAAUAGCAACGAAUCAUAAAUAGAUACAAAGAAAAUAUUCUACUAACUUUCUCGAAACACAAAGCUGGUUUGAUUAAAAUUGUUUCAAAGAAAGAAAAGAUUUGCAAAUUACCAAACUCACUUCAACGUAAUAGAAGACGCCUUGCCUGAGGAGGACUAGGUGGUGGCAAUUGACCCGAAGGUUGCUGAUUUCCUCCACCACCACCACCGCCACCUCCGUUGUUGUUCCAUGGUUUAACAACAACAAGAACCACAACAACUAUGAUGAUGAGGAGAAUGAUAAUAGCGUAACAUGUCCAUUUACGUGUGUUCUUCUGGUAAACCCGAGCGGUCUGCAGCUGCUCAGUUCCUCCACGGAUAAAGGAGCUAGCUCGCCCCACGUGGCUCUCGAUGUCGUCGAGCUGAGCUCCCUGGUGCUCGACCAUCACCGCCAUGUCUAAGAAAACUUGAUGAAGCUCCCUGAGAUUCUUCUCAAUGUCUUUAACAGCGUCAUGCCUUUCUUGGAUUUCAUUGAUGGUGUCUAAAACACGUCCUCUUCCUUGUUCUUGUAUUGCUUUCUGCAAGAAUCUCUCACUUUCUCCUGCAGUAAAAACAGUUCCCCAAUGUUACACACUACUCACCUAAGAACAUGUCUAGUUUCUGAUAUCAAGUUAUCUUCAAAUCCAGGUGUAGGCAUGCGGAUUUAAACAUAACCAAACCGAAGCGGUUCAGGUUUUGGUUCAAUUCGACGAUUAAUAAAAUCGGCUAUUGGUUCGGUUAGUAAUAAUACAAAAAACCCAAAAUUUGCCAAGUAACCAAAAUCCUCUGCUCUCUCCUCUUUUAUCUUCCUAUAUCUCUCUACCUUCUCUCAAUCUUUUUUUUUUUCUUUGCUUAUUUCACCAAUUCACCUUUUAUUUUUUUUAUUUUUUAUUUUUGGUUCAACAACAACUUUUCAUUAACCAAUGUGAAUACAAAAUUACAACCUUAAGAAAUUUUAAACCCAACAUACAACUAAUGAGAUCUAUUAUCACCUAGUCGGAUCCUAAAUUACUUUCUGAUGUAUUUUUCACCACAACGAAAGAAGUUUCUCUUACGACCCGAGAGAAACCGUUUCUAGACCCCUACUUAGACCACUCGAUACGAAAACAGAGGUACAUACAACCGGACAGUGAACCAAAACCAGAUUCUAACUACAGAACAUGCGAUUGGUCUCUACAAGAUUCGAAAUCGAACUAACCAAAAUAACCAAAAUUAUUCAGGUUUUUAAAUCAAUUUAAACCGAAAAUCUAACCAAAAUUUUGCUUUAAUUUUGAUAUAAACCGAACUAACCAAAUACCCAAACUGAAUUCAUUUCUCGGUUCAAUUCGGCACACUAUCAACCAACGAAUUAAACUUACCCCAAGACCAAAUUAACCAAACCAAACUAACCGAACAAAACCAAACCAAACCAAACCAGCAGGUCUAUCUAACGAACCGAAUCUUAGGCCAAAAAAACAAUUAAACCAACCUGUAGAAAUCAAGCGAUCCAAAGUCCUCUCAUCCGGAUUCUCCCCAGUAACAGUAAAAUACCUCCUCUCCACAGUCUCCCUAUACUCCGCCGAAACCACCUCCCUCAACCCAUUAAAACUCUCCAUCGACUCCUUCAACUUCUUCCUCAACCCAUUAACCACCGACGUCCUCGUCCGAUCCGACGACGAUCCAGGCCCACACCCCGGUAGACUCCGAUUCGCCGCGUUGGAUCGAUCAAGCGCCUCGAGCUUCACCUUGAUCAUCUUCGCUUUCCUGAGAGCCACGCCUACGUCGGCGUCCAUCUUGGCGCGGAGAUCCUUGACUGCUUCGGCGUUGUGGAGCGUCUUGCUGUGCUCGUGGGAGGAUCUGAGCGUUUCGUUGAGGCGGUCUAGGUCUGUUAGCUCUUCUUUGACGGAUUCUACGUCUUCGAAGAACUUGUCGAGGUUAACGCCAGAGGGGUGUGUCAUUUGGACUGCGUUGGGGGCGUCUCCGUUGGUGGUGCUGCGGAAGCGGGAGAAUGAGCUGGAAAACAGAUCGUUCAUUGUUAAAAUCAGAAAUCUAGAGAGAGAGAUUGAGAUUAGAUUUGAUUAAGGGAGAGAGAGACUUAAUAAGGAAGGGAGGAAAGUCGUACUGAUUCAAUCACACGGUUUGGUGAAGCGACGGAGGAAGGAGGAAAAGUCCAAAUUUUUAAUUAUUUUCUUAAAGUGUGUAUUUGGAGAAAGGUCGUAAGAGGAGAGAGAAAGUCAAGGAGGAGGACUUGAUGAUUGACUUGGAAGUUUCGUUUCGUAAUGGUGGCGGAAAAG